AUGACGUCUACAUCGUUUAUGAUGAUCAUUUUUAUGAUCUUACCAAUAUUUUCCUGGUGUGCUACCUCAACUGUAGCUGCUAAUUUAAGUCCAGCUAAUUUAGAUGGUCUUAAAGCUCAAUUUCAAACAGCCAUGAAAUCAUUUUCGGAUGUAGCAUCAUUACAUUACACUUUAGCUGGUAUUAAAGAACUUGGUGUUCAACCACCUGAUUCAUUUUGUAAUGACAUCAAAAAAUUAGUUGAUAAAUCGAAUAUUGAAUCAAUCUAUCAUGCAACUGAAGCAGCUAAAACAUUAGCUAAUUGCAAAUUACCUGUAGAAGAUUACCGUUCAGUUGUAACAUCAACUCUUCAAUCUGAUAAAAGUACAACAUCGGAAAUUUAUUAUGCUGUAAGCUCAAGUGUUAAUCUUGGUUUAACUGUUGAUGAAGCUAGCAUUGAAAAACGUCUUAAUACAUUAGCUAAAACAGAUGAUAGUAUCUUAAGUCAAGGUUAUGCAUUAUUAACAGGCGCACAAUUAAGUCAACCAGUUGCCAAAUUUUAUGCUGAUACAGUUAAUGAUCUUGUUCAACAAGCUGAUGAAAUCGAUGGACGUACAUUACAAUAUGAAGGUGGUGUUGGUACAACAGCACUUUUAGUUAGUGCAUUUUAUGAAGUUGCUGAAAAAGCUGGUGCAGCAAUGAAAAUUGAUCCAAAACAAUUACAUAAAUUUGCAUCGUAUUUUUCAACUAAACGACAUGUUGCUACUUUACGCAGUGCUUAUUAUUUAACAAAAGUAUUUAAAUAUUUAUCCGAUAAUAAAAAUACAAUGCCAGUUGUAGUUACACGUGUUAGUCCAUCGGCUAUUAGUGCACAAAAUCCAUCAGUACUUGUUUCAGUAUCAAAUCUUUUAGGACAACCAGUUGGUGAAAUAUCUGUUGUUGCUGAAUCUGCAAAACGUAAAGACGAUGGAGUUGUUGUUAUAUCCAAACAAAAACUUACAUCAAAAGCUAGUGAUUUCUCCGUAUUUGAAUUACCAUUCUAUGAUACAAAAAUUCCUCGUGGAUUUUAUACAAUUCAUUUAACAUUAACACCACGUGGUGAUGGAAAACUUAUUGGUUUAACUGAUAAUACAAUUGAUGUUAAAGUUACAUCAGAAGGAGCAAUUGAAAAUGCUGAAUUAAGUGUUUCAGAUCGUGAUAAUACUGCUCAAGCUAAGACAUACAAAUUAACAUAUCCAAAUGUUCAAUCAGAAAAACUUGAACUUGAUUAUCAUCAAAAAUUAGUAUUAAAAUUCCAAAUAAAAGAUAAACGAACUGGCGAAUUUAUUCGUGUUCAACAAGCAUUUUUACGUUUUACAAAUAAAAAAUCCAAUAAAGAAAUUAUUUAUUUAGCCGAAGCAACCGAUGGUAGUAAUUCACAAUAUAAAGUUGAAGUGGAUUUACAAACAAAUGCCAAUGAUUUUCGUCAUCAAUCAGGUGCUUAUAAUGCUGCUUUAAUUCUUGGUGAUCAAUUAUUACAAAAUGCCUAUGAAUGGAAAUUAAACGAUAAUAUUCAAUUAUCAUUCCAUGAAGAUAGUCAAGCCGAUAAAAACCAUCAAAACUUAUAUGUCCCACGACCAGAAAUCGUUCAUCAAUUCCGUUUAGAUGAAGUUCGACCACCAACUGUUGUUUCACUUGUUUUUAGUGCUUUAACAUUAUUACCAUUAUUAAUUCUUUUCAUUUUAUGGAUUAAACUUGGUUUUAAUUUAUCUGGUUUACCAUUAGGACUUAGUCCAUUAGGUUUCCAUAUAUCUCAUGGAGCCGUUUUUGCAUUGAUGUUUUUCUAUUGGAAAUAUUUGGAUAUGUUUCAAACAAUUCGUUAUUUAGCUUUGAUUUCAAUCCCAUUAUUUAUUUUUGGUCAUCGAGUAUUAGCAACAUUAGCUGCUCGACGAGAAAAGAAAGCUUAG